AUGGCUGACGGAUAUAGCAUUGAUACUGGAGAGAAACGGAAAUUUGGCACUGUUGAUUAUGUUCUAUUUUCUUUGAUGUUUUGUUUUUCUGCCGCUAUAGGAUUUUACCAUGCAUAUAAGGAUAGAAACAAGAAAAAGACAGAAGAUUUUCAUCUUGGGGGUAGAAAGAUGCACCCAAUUCCAGUAAGCUUGUCGCUCUCGGCGACAUUUCUGUCCGCGUUAACGCUCUUGGGGACGCCUUCGGAAAUCUAUACGAAUGGAACUAUGUUUUACUGGAUUAUUGUCGCCAUGCUCAUUGCAACUGCCGGUGCUGCACAUAUCUUCUUACCAGUUUUCUACAAGCUGAACAAAACCAGCUGUUUCCAGUACUUAGAGAUGAGAUUUGGAAAAGUUACCCGAACAGUUACUUCCAUCUUGUUCCUGAUACAAACUUUGGUCUAUAUGGGGUUCGUACUGUACGCACCAUCGUUAGCAUUCGAAGCUGUGACCGGAGUCUCAUUAUGGGGUUGUAUGAUUGGCACAGCGGCCGUGUGCACACUUUACACAACACUUGGCGGUUUGAAAACCGUGCUUUGGACUGACAGUCUUCAAUUUAGUAUAAUGAUAGCUGGACUUCUUGCAGUUCUUAUUGAAGGAUCAAAGGCUACCGGGGGAUUCUCCAACGCUUGGGACAUUGCUAACGAUCAUGGGCGAAUAAAAUUUGAUGAUUUCUCAUUUGACCCGAAAACAAGACACAGUGUGUGGACUUUAGCAAUUGGCGGAUCGUUUUUCUGGUUGUAUCUUUACGGUAUUAAUCAAGCGCAAAUCCAGAGAGCGUGUUCUCUUCCCACUCUUCGACGUGCUCAGGUAGCUAUGUGGUUGAAUUUUCCAGGACUUGUUUUGAUUGUGACAUUGACCGUGUUAAUUGGCGUGGUAAUGUUUGCAUUUUACAGCCAAUGCCACCCGUGA